GGAGGGACCAAAAAUAGAAAAACAGAAGAAGAAAAACGGACCUCUAAUCAUCACUGCAAUAUAGGAGGAGUAGGAGGGAGUAAGAAGUCUCCUCAAAUGGCGUCCCUCCACCACUUCUCUCUCUCUCUCCCAGGCCAUUCUUCUUAAAACUACUGACACCUGUCCCCUUCCUCUCUCCUGUUUUAUUCCCCAACCCCACUGACCCCAAUCUCCCCGUCUCCCUCUCUCUCCCGGACCCCUCUUCUCUCUCUCUCUCUCUCUCUCUCUAAAUUUGAUAUUCUUUCUCCUCACGCCUCUCGUCGGCCUCCGGCGAAGGCUCGUAAAACACACAUUCCAUCUCCCCAUCGUACAUUGAGCGUAGAAUCAUCAUAAUAUAAUAUCGGCAACUGCAAGAGGAACAAGCUAUCUAGCUAGCUAGAAAUGGCUGGCCAAGAGAGAGAGCUGCAGGGGCAGCUGACGAGGCGGCCGUCACGUAGCGCCGCCACCACCACCUUCUCCAUGGAGGUGUUCGACAACGAGGUGGUGCCGGCGUCUCUCGGUUCCAUCGCCACCGUCCUCCGCGUCGCCACCGAGAUCCAGAACGAACGUCCUCGUGUCGCUUAUCUAUGUCGAUUCUACGCCUUCGAGAAAGCGCACAGAUUGGAUCCCAGCUCGAGCGGUCGUGGUGUUCGGCAGUUUAAGACGGCUCUGCUUCAACGUCUAGAGCGGGACAAUGCCUCGAGUCUGGCCUCUCGGGUUAAGAAGACAGAUGCACGGGAAAUCGAGAGCUUCUACCGGCAAUACUAUGAGCAUUACGUCAGAGCUCUGGACAAGGGAGAGCAAGCAGAUAGAGCCCAACUCGGCAAAGCUUACCAGACAGCUGGAGUUCUUUUUGAAGUCCUUUGUGCUGUUAACAAGACUGAAAAAGUUGAGGAAGUUGCUCCAGAGAUUAUUGAAGCAGCCAAGGAUGUCCAGGCAAAGAAGGAAAUCUACGCCCCUUAUAACAUUCUUCCGCUGGAUUCUGCUGGGGCAUCACAGUCCAUCAUGCAGCUUGAAGAGGUAAAGGCUGCUGUGGCUGCACUAAAGAAUACACGUGGUUUAAACUGGCCAUCUUCAUUUGAGCAGAACAGGCAAAAAGCAGGGGAGUUGGAUCUUCUUGAUUGGCUUAGGGCCAUGUUUGGGUUUCAGGAAAGCAUCAGAGACAAUGUCAGGAACCAGAGGGAGCAUCUGAUUCUGCUUCUUGCCAAUGUUCAUAUAAGGCUUAAUCCCAAGCCUGAGCCUCUAAACAAGCUUGAUGAUCGAGCUGUUGAUGCAGUUAUGAGCAAGCUCUUUAAGAACUACAAAACAUGGUGCAAGUUCUUGGGAAGAAAACACAGUUUAAGACUCCCUCAAGGGCAACAAGAAGUGCAACAGAGGAAGAUACUUUACAUGGGACUCAAUCUUCUUAUCUGGGGUGAAGCAGCUAAUGUUCGAUUUAUGCCGGAAUGCCUAUGCUACAUCUUUCACAAUAUGGCAUAUGAGCUUCAUGGUUUGCUAGCUGGAAAUGUUAGUAUUGUUACUGGAGAAAACAUUAAGCCUUCAUACGGAGGAGAUGACGAGUCUUUCCUGCGGAAAGUUGUAUCACCCCUUUACCGAGUAAUAGAUAGGGAAGCCAAUAAGAGUAAAGGUGGAAAAGCUGCUCAUGCAAAUUGGUGUAACUAUGAUGACCUGAACGAGUAUUUCUGGUCCACGGACUGCUUCUCACUGGGUUGGCCUAUGCGUGAUGAUGGUGAAUUUUUCAAAUCAACACAUGGCAUGAAUCAGGGAAGAGAAGCAACUCCUGGAAAGAAUAGAAGCACGGGCAAAUCAUAUUUUGUUGAGACGCGAUCAUUCUGGCACAACUUCAGAAGUUUUGAUCGUAUGUGGACAUUCUACAUUCUGGCUUUGCAGGCAAUGGUUACUGUUGCAUGGAAAGAUAUUUCUCUACUAGAUAUUUUUCAAAAGGAUGCCUUAUAUAGUCUUUCCAGUAUUUUUAUAACGGCAGCAUUUCUUCGCUUCCUUCAAAGUAUGUUGGACCUGAUUUUGAACUUUCCGGGCUAUCAUAGAUGGAAGUUCACUGAUGUGAUGAGAAACAUCCUCAAGAUACUUGUUAGUCUAGCCUGGAGUGUCAUUCUUCCCCUAUGUUAUGUGCAUACGUUCCAAGUGGCCCCUGACAAAAUUAAAGAUCUGCUUUCGUUCCUAAAUAAAGUGAAGGGCAUUCCUCCAUUGUACAUCAUUGUGGUAGCAAUAUAUUUGCUUCCAAAUUUACUAGCAGCAGCAUUGUUUAUUUUUCCCAUGCUCCGACGAUGGAUCGAGAACUCAGACUGGCAUAUUAUAAGGUUUCUUCUGUGGUGGUCUCAGCCCAGAAUUUAUGUUGGAAGGGGAAUGCAUGAAAGUCAAUUCGCACUUAUAAAGUAUACUCUUUUCUGGAUGCUACUUCUCUGUUCCAAAUUAGCGUUUAGCUAUUUCAUCCAGAUAAAACCUCUGAUAAAACCAACAAAAGAGAUAAUGGGUAUUCAUCGUGUUCAGUAUACAUGGCAUGAAUUUUUUCCAGAUGCUCAAGGCAAUUACGGAGCGGUCAUCUCACUUUGGGGACCUAUCAUCUUGAUGUAUUUCAUGGAUACUCAAAUAUGGUACGCUAUUUUCUCGACUCUAUGUGGUGGUAUUCUUGGGGCAUUUGAUCGCUUAGGAGAGGUACGAACGCUGGGCAUGCUUAGAUCACGGUUCCACUCUUUACCGGGGGCAUUCACUACGUAUCUGGUGCCUUCUGAUAAGACAAAGAAACGGGGUUUUUCUCUCUCGAAACGGUUUUCUGAGGUUACAGCAAGCAGAAGAAGUGAAGCUGCAAAAUUCGCUCAGUUAUGGAAUGAAGUAAUAGUGAGUUUUCGUGAAGAGGAUCUAAUAAGUGACAGGAAAGAGAUGGAUCUGUUGCUAGUUCCUUACUCAUCUGAUCCUAGCCUUAAAUUAAUUCAGUGGCCUCCUUUUCUGCUUGCUAGCAAGAUUCCGAUUGCGUUGGAUAUGGCGGCCCAAUUUCGAUCAAAAGAUUCCGACCUCUGGAGGCGUAUAUGUGCAGAUGAAUACAUGAAAUGCGCUGUUAUUGAAUGCUAUGAAUCGUUCAAACUUGUCCUGAAUGCUUUGGUUGUUGGAGAAACUGAGAAAAGGAUAAUUGGCAUCAUUAUCAAAGAAGUGGAAAAUAACAUUGCAAAGAGUACGUUUCUUACAAAUUUUAGAAUGGGUCCUUUACCAACUCUUUGCAAGAAAUUUGUGCAGCUUGUGGAAAUUUUGAAAGACUCGGAUCCAUCCAAACGAAAUAUUGUGGUGUUGCUGCUGCAAGACAUGUUAGAAGUAGUUACCCGUGACAUGAUGGUGAAUGAGAUACGUGAAGUGGUGGAACUUGGCAAUAGCAGCAAGGACUCUGGAAGGCAACUUUUUGCUAGUAGUGACUCAAAACCUGCUAUUGUCUUCCCUCCUGCAGUUACAGCACAAUGGGAAGAGCAGAUAAGACGUCUCUAUUUGCUCUUGACUGUAAAAGAAUCUGCCAUUGAUGUGCCAACAAACCUUGAAGCACGCCGGAGGAUAGCAUUCUUUGCAAAUUCUUUGUUUAUGGAUAUGCCACGUGCUCCCCGAGUUCGUAAAAUGCUCUCAUUCAGCGUCAUGACACCAUACUACAAAGAGGAAACCGUCUAUUCAAAAAGUGACCUCGAGUUGGAGAAUGAAGAUGGCAUAUCAAUCAUAUACUACCUGCAAAAAAUCUUUCCAGAUGAAUGGACUAACUUUCUGGAGCGGAUCACUUGUAAGAAUGAAAGUGAGGUGUGGGAAAAUGAGGAGAACAUCUUGCAAUUGCGCCAUUGGGUCUCCUUAAGAGGACAGACUCUAUGCAGAACAGUCAGAGGGAUGAUGUACUACCGGAGGGCUUUAAAGCUUCAGGCUUUUCUUGACAUGGCUUCCGAAAGUGAAAUACUUGAAGGCUACAAAGCUGUCACAGUUGCAUCGGAGGAAGAUAAGAAGAGUCAGAGGUCCUUAUAUGCUCAAUUGGAGGCUGUAGCAGACAUGAAAUUUACUUAUGUUGCAACCUGUCAGAACUAUGGAAAUCAGAAGCGGAGCGGAGAUCGUCACGCAACAGAUAUUUUGAAUUUGAUGGUUAACAAUCCAUCCCUCCGUGUAGCAUAUAUCGACGAAGUUGAGGAGAGGGAUAAUGGAAAGGUACAGAAGGUAUACUAUUCUGUAUUGGUGAAAGCUCUUGAUAAUCUUGAUCAGGAAAUCUACCGUAUAAAAUUGCCAGGUUCAGCAAUGGUAGGUGAAGGAAAGCCUGAAAAUCAGAACCAUGCUAUUAUUUUUACUCGAGGGGAAGCACUUCAGACAAUUGACAUGAACCAGGACAAUUAUUUGGAAGAAGCCUUCAAAAUGCGUAACCUACUAGAAGAGUUCAAUGAGGAUCAUGGGGUACGCCCCCCUACAAUUUUGGGUGUUCGUGAACAUAUCUUCACCGGAAGUGUUUCUUCUUUGGCUUGGUUUAUGUCAAAUCAAGAAACGAGCUUUGUCACCUUAGGUCAAAGAGUUCUUGCAAGACCUUUGAAGGUGAGGUUCCACUAUGGGCAUCCGGAUGUAUUUGACAGGAUUUUCCACAUUACUCGUGGUGGCAUUAGCAAAGCCUCUCGGGGAAUCAACCUAAGCGAGGAUAUCUUUGCUGGUUUUAAUUCAACACUGAGACGUGGCAAUAUAACGCAUCAUGAGUAUAUCCAAGUUGGAAAGGGAAGAGAUGUUGGCCUCAACCAAAUCUCGCUUUUUGAAGCUAAAGUCGCCUGUGGUAAUGGAGAGCAAACACUCAGCCGGGAUAUCUACAGAUUAGGCCAUCGUUUUGACUUCUUCCGCAUGAUGUCAUGCUAUUUUACGACUACUGGGUUUUAUAUCAGCUCAAUGAUGGUUGUUUUAACGGUUUAUGCAUUCUUAUAUGGAAGACUCUACCUUUCAUUGAGUGGAUUGGAGAAGUCAAUCAUGAAAUUUGCAAGGUCCAAAGGAAGUGAUCCUCUGAAGGCAGCUAUGGCUUCACAAUCUGUUGUUCAAAUAGGUCUUUUGAUGGCCUUGCCCAUGGUUAUGGAGAUGGGUCUUGAGAGAGGGUUCAGAACCGCAGUAGGUGACAUGAUCAUCAUGCAGCUUCAACUAGCUGCUGUUUUCUUCACUUUCUCUCUUGGGACAAAGGUCCAUUACUUCGGGCGCACCAUUUUGCAUGGUGGGGCCAAGUACAGAGCCACUGGGCGUGGUUUUGUGGUUCGACAUGAGAAGUUUGCCGAGAACUACAGGAUGUACUCAAGGAGCCAUUUUGUAAAAGCACUGGAAAUCGCGGUACUGCUUAUAGUUUAUCGUAUCUAUGGCUCGGCAGAUGCGGACCCCGUUACUUACAUUAUGCUCAGUGCCUCAAUGUGGUUUCUAGUGGUUUCUUGGCUGUUUGCUCCUUUCCUUUUCAAUCCAUCAGGAUUCGAGUGGCCAAAGAUAGUGGAAGACUGGGAUGAUUGGACUAAGUGGAUAAGUAGCCAUGGGGGUAUUGGUGUUCCGGCAACAAAGAGCUGGGAGUCCUGGUGGGAUGAGGAACAGGAACACUUGAAGUACACUGGGAUUUUUGGACGGGUUUUAGAAAUCAUUCUUUCCUUCCGAUUCCUUCUCUUUCAAUAUGGAAUUGUGUAUCAUCUGAAUAUGGCCAAUGGUGACACAAGUAUCAUGGUGUAUGCUCUGUCUUGGCUGGUCAUUGUUGCCGUGAUGGUUGUCUUGAAGAUUGUGUCCAUGGGUAGGAAGAAGUUCAGUGCAGAUUUCCAGCUGAUGUUCAGGCUUCUGAAGCUCUUCCUGUUUAUCGGAUCCGUGGUCACUCUUGUCAUUCUUUUCACAUUCCUCAAUCUUACUGUGGGUGACAUCUUUGCCAGCCUAUUGGCCUUCAUGCCAACCGGAUGGGCUUUUCUUCAGAUAGCACAAGCGUGUCGGCCAGUGGUGAAGGGUUUGGGAAUGUGGGGGUCAGUGAAAGCUCUAGCAAGAGGGUACGAGUACAUGAUGGGAGUUGUGAUCCUUGUCCCGGUGGCUGUCCUUGCCUGGUUCCCUUUUGUCUCUGAAUUCCAAACCAGGCUUCUUUUCAACCAAGCUUUCAGCCGAGGCCUUCAGAUUCAACGUAUUCUUGCCGGUGGGAAGAAGCAAAAGCAGAAGUGAAAAUACUACUAUUCCACUUCCAUGGGCAGUUGAGAGAGAGAGAGAGAGAGAGAAUGGCAGGGUUCCCUUCCUUGCUUGUAGAAAAUGAUUCACAUGGUUCAGAUGGGGUGAUCAUGGUUCUGAUGGGGUGAUCGUUUGGGAUGUGAAACACAGUUUUUUCUCUCGCACCUACACCUUAUAAUUAGGGUUUGGGAAAAUGUGGACCCUUGAAACAAUACAUAUAUUUGAGAAAACUGUGAGUUGUUUUAUGGUGUA